CCUGGACUGUGCUGUAAAAGCUGUGCGUGGCCACUGUUGGCCUGAAUGGGGAGCAAGAUGUCUAAGGCAGAACCAUUUUUGGCAGAUGGUAGUCAGGAGCUGUUUCCCUGUGAAGUCUGUGGAAGACGCUUUGCGGCAGAUGCUCUGAAGAGGCAUGUACCAAUAUGUAGAAAAGUCUUCGACAAAAAACGUAAACCUUUCAAUUCCUUGAAGCAGAGAUUACAGGGCACUGACAUUCCCACUGUGAAGAAGGCUCCUCCAGCCAAGUCUCAACCUGUGAAGAAAUCUAACUGGAGACAACAACAUGAAGAUUUCAUUAAUGCAAUUCAGUCAGCAAAGCAGUGCGCGCUAGCUAUGAAAGAAGGCCGGCCUCUGCCUCCUCCACCCCCUCCGAGUGUCAAUCCAGAUUAUAUCCAGUGCCCAUACUGUAUGAGGAGAUUUAAUGAAACCGCAGCCAGUCGGCAUAUUAAUUUCUGCAAAGAUCAUUCUUCUCGCCGAGUCUUUGAUCCAGCCCAGACCGCUGCUAAGUUGGCAUCCAAAGCUGAGGGUAGGGCUCAGCCAAGUGCCAAGAAAGAACCAACUGUUACUAGUGCCGUCGGAGCUUUGCUGCAGAACAGAGCCAUGGGAGCAAAGAACGAGGUCUCAGGCAAGCCAGGAUCAGCCAUGGACUCUGCUUCUGGAGCAAACAAACAAGGAUAUAGUAAAUCUAAAAAAGAUUAACUCCUAGAAAGCAGGUUGACUCCCCGAGACCUGGGAGACCCCCAGAGCAGGGUGGGGUGGAAGUGUCAGUCUUUCCAGCCACCACUCUGACCUUCAGUUUUCCUCCUCAUUUACUCCUUGUCCAAACAAAAUUAUUAAAUACAUCAACCUUUUA